AGCAACCAGUCAUUUUUCGUUUUAUUUAAUUAUAUUAUAUUCUAUAAUAAGAAAACUUAAAUAGUAAAUAGACUAUUGAAAUCCAACACCAAAAAUUUCUGAACAUGAAUUUACUUAUUACAAGUAUGAUUAUAUUAGUAUUAGCUGUUCAUUUCUCCUUAGCACCGAAUGAUUUUUAUUUUGUUUUAAUUAUAGCAGUAAGUUUAUUAAAAUGCGUUAAAUGUGGUAGGAGCAACGAAUUAAGGCAAGGUGUUGCAUGUUCUCAUACAAUUUGUAAGACUUGUAAACGUCUAAAGUUGUUUUGUACGGUGUGUAAUAAAAAAUUCGGUAAAGUAACAAUUUUAAGAUGUUCAUUAUGUAAUUCAGAUAGAUAUGACACAUUCAUGAGGUCCAACAAUAAAUUAUACUGUAUGAAUUGCAAUUUAUAUGGAUUGGUCCCACAAGAGAUUGAAACUUCGUCAUAUAGACAAAGAUUGGUUUCACAAGAGAUUGAAGCAUCGUCAUCCAGACAAAAUGAUGACACCGAAGGUAGUAACAGAACCCCAAUUUUGCACAACUUUUUUAUAUAGACAAUGAUAAGUUAUGGAAAUAUUGUAUAAUAUAAUAUAUUAUACAAUACUAUAUAUUAUAUAGUGUUUAUACAUGGCGGACCCGCCAUGUUCUAUCAAUAAUAAUCAAUAUUGGAUCUAGUCAAUAUUUUGCAUUAUUAUUAUCAUUUUAAUAAUUGUUAUAUUUAGGACUAUAAACGUUUUACAAUAAGUAAUAGUUUUUUUAUUUAUAAAAAAAAAUAUUUGUAUAUUUUUAAUUUACGAAAAAUGAAACAAAAAUGUUCAUGAUAGUCUUAUUACUUUGAUGAAAUCUUUUGCUUAUUAUUACAGUUAUUAUUUACUUUUGUAAACUUCAUUGGCUGAAUUUAAUA